AUGUCAGCCGUGCGGAGGAAGUUCGGGGACGAGUACCAGGCCGUGGGCCUCGCUCGCUGCAGCGCCCGCAGAGAGCGGCAGCGCUUCGUGGACAAGAACGGGCGCUGCAACGUGCAGCACGGGAACCUGGGCGGCGAGAGCAGCCGCUACCUCUCCGACUUCUUCACCACGCUGGUGGACCUCAAGUGGCGCUGGAACCUGCUCAUCUUCCUGCUGACCUACACGGUGGCCUGGCUGGUGAUGGCCUCCAUGUGGUGGGGCAUCGCCUACCUGCGCGGUGACCUGCACCAGGCGCACGGUGACACCUACAGCCCGUGUGUGGCCAACGUGUACAACUUCCCCUCCGCCUUCCUCUUCUUCGUAGAGACCGAGGCCACCAUCGGCUACGGGCACCGCUACAUUACGGAGCGCUGUCCCGAGGGCAUCGUGCUGUUCCUCUUCCAGUCGCUGCUGGGCUCCGUGGUCGAUGCGUUCCUCAUCGGCUGCAUGUUCAUCAAGAUGUCGCAGCCCAAGAAGCGAGCUGAGACCCUCAUGUUCAGCCGUGCCGCCGUCAUCUCGCAGCGGGAUGCCAAGCUCUGCCUCAUGUUUCGUGUGGGCAACCUCCGCAACAGCCACAUGGUGUCCGCCCAGAUCCGCUGCAAGCUCAUCAAGUCCAGACAGACACCGGAGGGAGAAUUUCUGCCACUAGACCAGUGUGAACUGGAUGUUGGAUUUGGAACUGGGGCUGAUCAGCUGUUUUUAGUUUCCCCUUUAACCAUCUGUCAUGAAAUUAACUCAGAGAGCCCCUUUUUCUGUCUCUCACAAAGAUCACUGAGGAGUGAGCAAUUUGAAAUAGUUGUCAUCCUGGAAGGAAUCGUUGAGACUACCGGAAUGACGUGCCAAGCCAGGACCUCGUACACAGAAGAUGAAGUCCUUUGGGGUCACAGGUUCCUCCCAGUAAUGUCUCUGGAAGAUGGCUUUUUCCGUGUCGAUUAUUCUCAGUUUCACGCCACGUUUGAAGUCCCCACUCCUCCUUACAGUGUUAAAGAGCAAGAAGAAAAUCUUUCCCAGUCAACUCUCUUGAACAGUCCUUUUGAAAAGAAAACCAGAAGAGAACAGGUUUGUCCGCUCGACUGUGCCGAUAUUACAGGAGAGAAGAACAAGCUCCCUGCUAAACUUCAGAAGAUCAGCUCGAGGAAGGAAGGCCUUCCACCAAGAGCCCUGAGAAUGGGUUCCAGUAACAUGGAGAAGACUUCCAGUACUGGAGAUCUCUUGAAAAUUCAAGAAAUAAGUCCCAUCUCUGAUGGUGAAGACAGUGAUAACAGGAUGCAGCUUAAAGCCUUAAAAAUAAAUGCCAAGGCUCUGACUCAGUCUACCAGCGACCUCGAGUUACAGAAGGAUUUUCCAGGUAUGGGUGCUCUGGAGGUGAAACUGGAAGAUAAUUUUCCUGCCAAACUUUGAAAAAUGAACUCUGAUCACUUCUUUUAAGAGCUGAAGAAACAGGAGCUGUUGCUGAUAACUGCAUUGGAGACUGCUGCCCUGAAAGAGUUGUUCCACAGUAAAGUCACAACUUGGCUUUGCUACUUUCAGGAAGAAUGAUCCUUUCUGUAUAAUUGUUCUGUACAGAUCCAAUUUAGGUAGCAUAACAGGACCUUGAGGGGCAGGAAGGUUACCCCUCAUGCCAAAGAGAUUCCUACCCUGAUGAUAUUUAUCAGCAUGCUCAUUGCAAAUCUCCCCUGUCUUCCAUGUGUGCAGAUAAUUUUUCACAAAGCAAGGAUCAGAUGCUUAUCACAGAGCAAAAUGUUCAGAGAUGAAACCUAGAAGGGUGUAACAGCAGCUGAAAGCUGGUUUUGUGCAGCUCAGAUCCUGGACUGCUCCUGAUGUACAGAACACAAGAGGAAAAUGUGACACUGCUCAUUCCUAGUCCAGUUCUCAGUGACCCCGUUGGAAAGAGACCUUCCUGGUGCAUCCUUCUUUCCCUGUGACUGUGGCACACUCCCUCUGUGCUCCCAACAUCUCAUCCAUGAUCAUUCAGGUACAGGAAGCAGUGUGCAAUAACCAUUUGGGUCAUUUGACCUACGUGAGCUCUUGUAAACAUGAGGAUCAUUUACCCUGUCCAAAAUUAGACCUCAGACCAAAUUUGAUUUGGUGGAUCACAUGCUGAAUUUUAAUGACCAUAUCACCACUCACUGUGAAGGAAACUUCAGAUGGUAGCUCAGCUUCAUGGCAUGUUUUAUACUGCAACUACCUGAAAUUGCAGUUUGGAGACAUUGUAAGUAAAUAAAUAAAGGCAAAAUGCUAAAUAAUGCUCCAUCAUUACACAUCUCAGAGUUUUACUAAUGGAUUGUAGUCUUUUGAUGUUGCUGAUUUUCAUUUUGGUACAUUUGCCUUCUCCAUUUAUAUAUGACUCUCAAUAAUUUGGUAGAUUUGAUAUUUAUUGCUAUUCAGCUCAAUCCACCUCUGUCUGUGAGAGAGGCUUUUCCUUUCCUGGUUGGUAGUAAUUAUAAACACACCCUGCUGUUUUGUAAAUGGUGUUCAGUGGGGUGUUCAUCACCAGAGCAUUAGCAAAGCACUCUCCAAGAGAAGGAUCAAAUUCUGCUCUUGUUAUGUGGACAAAAGUCAGUCAAAUUUAAAGGGGUGGCAGUGGCCAUGUUGUUUGGCAAAGCAUUCCUUGGUGGUAAAGUGAUGUAUCCAAGCUAGGAAUAGCUUGGCUUGCAGAGCUCGCUAUUUCUUGCUUUUGAUCUGUCUUCAGUGUGAAACUGGAAAAUGCUAUUUUAUGCAGGGAUAAGAUGUGCUGUUUGUUGUUGUUUAUCUGUUCUCAACGUGAAUUUCAACAAUAUAUAUGUGCUAAAAUCUGUAUUUUCGUUUAUCAGCUGUAUUUGUAUGGAGUAUUUAGAUGACAGCAUGAAGUCUUAAAUGAUGAUGACUCUCCCUACU